UGCCAGCUCUUGCCGGAAGGGAGCACGGCAGACAUGGCCGAGGACCCGCAGGGCGGUGGUGCGGGUGCCCGGCGGCUCCUCUCCUCGGGUGCCAGCCGUGCCAGCUUUCCGGAGUUCGAGCUUCCCGAGCUGCACACGCGCGCCUUCCACGUGGGAGCCUUCGGGGAACUGUGGCGCGGCAGGCUUGGGGCCGGGGACUUGUCGCUGAGCGAGUCGCCGGCAGCCGCACCGCCCGACCCCGGCCAGGAGGAUGCUGCGGUGGCCAGGGAUCUGGGCUGCAGCCUGGAGGCAGCGGCCGAGCUGAGAGCGGUGUGCGGCCUUGAUAAGUUGAGAUGCCUUGAAGAAGGUGAAGAUCCGGAAGUCAUCCCAGAGGACACGGACCUGAUGACUUUAUGUAUUAGGAAGGGGCUCCUGGAAUAUCGGGAAGAAACCAUUACAAUAGAUCGAGCCUGCAGACAAGAAACAUUUGCUUAUGAAAUGGAAUCUCAUGCAAUAGGAAAGAAACCUGAAAAUCCAGCAGACAGGAUUGAAGAAGGAGAGCUCAUACUAUCUGUGAAUAUCUUGUAUCCGGUUAUAUUUAAUAAGCACAGAGAACACAAACCAUACCAGACGAUGCUAGUAUUGGGCAGUCAAAAGCUCACGGAACUGAGAGAUUCUAUUUGCUGUGUCAGUGACCUCCAGAUUGGUGGAGAAUUCAGCAGUACUCCAGACCAAGCCCCUGAGCACAUCAGCAAAGACCUGUACAAAUCAGCUUUUUUUUAUUUUGAAGGAACAUUUUACAAUGACAGAAGAUACCCGGAAUGCAGAGACUUGAGCAGAACUAUUAUAGAAUGGUCAGAGUCCCAUGAUAGAGGCUAUGGAAAAUUUCAGGCUGCCAGAAUGGAAGAUUUCACCUUUAAUGACUUGAAUAUUAAACUUGGCUUUCCUUACUUAUACUGUCACCAGGGAGACUGUGAACAUGUUGUUGUCGUUACAGACAUAAGGCUUGUCCAUCAUGACGACUGCUUGGAUAGAACACUUUAUCCCCUUCUUACCAAGAAGCACUGGCUGUGGACCAGAAAAUGUUUUGUUUGUAAAAUGUAUACAGCUAGUGCAUCAAGUGUGGAUAGUGUUUCGACCAAUCUUUGAAGAAUGUGAAAGCUGCACCUUCUACUAUGACGCUUCCAAGGUUUAAUUUAAAUUCAGCUGAAUUUUACAUUUCUCUGGAUGGCUAAGAACAGACACUUACCACAUAAAUAAACCCAUGAAGCCUACAAAUCUGUUUAAAAGAUUGAGUGACGUAUAUUUCAUGGACUUAAAUGUCACAUAUCCAAUUAAGGCAACUGAUGUGGCGAUGACAAGCGCCUGCUUCUGGUAUGUCUAGAAGAUUUCUCAUUCGCCACUCUGCGCACAGACAGCACCAUGUGCUCACUCCAUGGCCCCCUUACAUUAUGCCUAAAGGUUUAUUUUACAUUCUUGUAGCCAGUGGUUUUAACAUCAAGUACACUGAAAAUUCUGCUGCAAAAUCAUACAUUCAUGAUGAGUCAUUUGCACAAUUCCCAAAGUUAUUUUUUAUUCUUUUAUUUUUAAUAUGGCAAUUUUCAUGAGUCUUAAUCUUACCUCAAAACAAUAAAUUCCAGAAAUUACCCAAAUACAUGCGUAAUGCCAUUCACCCCAUUUUAGCAGAAAAGAUGACAACAGAUAAAACCUUACGGAAUUCUUAUUUCAUCACUUAUUAAGAAUGCUUUUCUGCUAGGUCUUUGGGUUAACUUUUUCACUAAAAGCUCACAUACCUUUCCUUUAUUCUUUCUUGGUAAAACUGAGGAAACGCUAACCAGGUUACCACAACUUGCCAGCGUGUUACUUAUCUGUUAAUAUAUGUAUCCCAAAGUUCACAUUAAAAGAAUUUCAGCUUACAAGCUUUAAAAUCCCUGAUUUAAGACAGUUUUACUUUAUGCUACUGUCAUAAAGGAGAGGUAAAUAUGAAAACGUAGUAUGUAAAGAACAUCCUCGGAUACACCUGCACAAGAUUACUAUACAGGGAAAUAGCUGUUUCCUCAAACAUCUUGCUCAGGGUGAGGGGCAAGGGGUGUCAAUCAUCUUUAUACAAGAAAAAUUUCAUCACAUUUUUAGUAACUUCUUCAUUUCUUAAAAGUCUAAAGCUACAGGUUUGCUAUUUUUAUUAGGUAGUCCAUCCUUGGACCAUUUGAAAAAAUGUGUAUAGGAUUAGGUGGCAGACCUCCUCCUCACCUGGCAUCUUUAAUCAGGUAAGUGGGUCUGAGUAGGAACAUUUUUAGUGUACCACGUCACUGUCUCAACAAAAACUGGGCAAAAUCUUUCUUGCUAGAAUAGUGUAAUGUGGUUAAUUCUGGUUAAAUCUUUCAUACCUACAACCUCCCAAUCAAAGUCCCUAAAAAUGAUCCAAGCAGCUGAGAAAACCAAUCAACAUUCACAUUUCUAAAUGCUAGCCAUGAAUGCACAUUGUACAUAUCAGGAGGGGUUAUGUGUGGCUGUGUCACUGAAAUGAUCUCUUGCUGUCAUUUUAAUCAAAUGUAACAAAUAGAGCCAGUGACACUGAAAGUUCAUGGUAGCUGUCUGUAAACUUUGUUCUGAAAAUAAUACCUGUAUGAAUUAGCCUAUGACAUACAAUUUCAAGAUUGAAAAGAAGAUAGCUGCACUUUGAAAGAACAUACACAAGAAGGUAAAAAUUAGCAGAAGGUUGCUGAUAUUUUGGGAGUAUUCUGUAGCUUCUUCAUAAAAACUACAUCUAUUGGAUCAUGACCGAGAAGGGAAAGUGAACAAAAAUGCAAGGGACAUUUCCUUUUCUCUGUGUUAUCUGAGCUUACCAUUUAGCCCUGAACCCAAAACAGGAUCUCAGGGGCAAGCUAAGGAGGAAAUUUCAUUAGCAGCAAAUCCUGAAUUCCUUCAGUAAUUCUAAAAUAGCAAAGAAGUAAUUUACUAAGAGUUUGAUAGAAAAAUUCUUUAAUUAAAACAAGUUUACACGUUGACACUUAUGGCUUAACUAGAAUAAAUUCUGUCCAAGUUUAAAAUUGUAUUAAGGACAAAGCAGAUGACUGGUGUAUAUAUAAUGUACAGUUUCCUCAAAACAGUAGUUCCAUUAUAAAAUCUCUCAAAAGCAAAAAUCCAAUUAUUGAAGUAAUUCAAGAAUUUUACAUAUAAAUAAAACAAUUAUCUGAGCAGUCAGAGCAUAUAUAAUCACACCACACAUGAACACUGGUAUUAAGUCACUUUCGCAUAAAACUUCAAAAUAUAACAAUGACUCUUUCUUCCUAUUGAAAACCACCAACUGACCAAUACUAAGAACAUCUUUGAAAUGCUAUCAGUUUGUUUGUGUUAACAUUGGCUCACUCCAAUAGUCCACACAGAAUAUUCAAUUACUUACUACCUUAAGAGCAACAGAGGUUUCUAUCUUGUUUGUAGUUUUAACUUCUG